AUGUGCGGCAUCCAUGGCGCCGUAACAGCAAAUGGCCGCCCUCACAGACUGUCUCCAGUGCUUGAGCGACGGCUUCGGAACCGCGGGCCGGACCAUCUCGGAACGGUAGAGGCGCAGCUCUCCCCAGCCGAGGGCUCUCUCUGCGUGACCCUGACCUCGACGGUUCUGUCUCUGCGCGGCGACCAUCUGGCGAAGCAGCCGCUGGUGGACGCGGAAUCCGGAUUCGUGCUCUGCUGGAACGGCGAGGCUUGGAAGCUCCGCGGGAACCCCGUUGAAGGGAACGAUGGCGAGGCUGUCUUGUCUCUGCUGACUGCGGCAGCGAGUCGCGAUCAGGGCAGCGAGGAUAGUGUCCUUGAUGCUCUGCGGUCCAUCGACGGUCCUUUUGCGUUCAUCUUCCUUGACAGGAGAGCAAAGCGGCUGUACUAUGGACGGGAUCGCCUCGGGCGACGGUCAUUGCUCCUGAAAAGGGGAGACGAGUUCCUGCUCUCCAGCAUCGCAGAAGCCCCAGCCGAGGGAUGGGCCGAGGUCGAAGCUGAUGGCUGCUACACCGUUCAGCUGGAUGCAACAGACUCGCCUGCGGAGCUGGUGCCGGUACGCCAUGACUGGGACGAGAACAAAGACCUGGUCUCAAGUAUUGGCAUCUUCAACGCCUCUGUACCUGCCUCUACGGUCACGACAGCUCCCUUGACCAGCCAGUCGCCCUCAGUAGAGCAGCUGCGGCACCAUCUGACGGCGUCCCUCCAGCUCAGGGUCCUCAAUGUUCCGAGACCUCCCAUGGCGGAGAUGUCAGACGCCCGCGUUGCAGUCUUAUUCUCAGGAGGCCUGGAUUGCACUGUUCUCGCCAGGAUGGCCAGUGACAUGAUUCCUCCAGAGCAGGCCAUUGAUUUGAUCAAUGUGGCCUUUGAGAAUCCCCGAAUUGCUGCGCAGAACGCAGGGCUGUCCACUGAUGAGCUGUACGAGCUGUGUCCUGACAGGAUGACUGGGAGAAAGUCAUUUGCGGAGCUGUCAACCGUCUGUCCAGAUAGACGGUGGCGCUUUGUUACUGUCAACGUUCCCUAUGAUGAGACAUGCGCUCAUCGAGCAGAGUUGAUAGACCUCAUUUACCCUCACAACACGGAAAUGGACCUCUCCAUCGCUUGUGCCUUGUACUUUGCGGCAAGAGGUCAAGGGAUGGGACAGUUGGCCCCAGGGUUGGAGGCAGCUGAACCGUAUAGCACAACAGCUCGCGUAUUGCUGUCAGGGCUCGGCGCGGACGAGUUGUUUGGCGGCUAUGUCCGGCACGCCACCGCUUUUACGCGCAGCGGUUAUCCGGGACUCAUAGAUGAGCUGAAACUGGACGUUGGCCGGCUAGGCAAGAGAAACCUGGGACGAGACGACAGAGUCAUGGCUCACUGGAGCAGAGAGGUGAGGUUUCCAUAUCUUGACGAGAGUCUGGUCAAGUGGGCAGUCGAGCUGCCAGCGUGGGAGAAGUGUGAUUUCGACAACCAGGGAAAUGGGUGUGAUUUGGAGCCUGAGAAGAGGGUGCUGCGUCUGUUGGCGGAGAGUCUGGGCAUGCGCUCAGUGGCGACGGAGAAGAAGCGAGCGAUUCAAUUUGGAGCGCGGACUGCCAAGAUGGAAAGCGGCAAGGUCAAGGGCACCACCCUUCUUCUUCCCUGA